AACGCUCUUAUCUUAUCAAGCCCAAGUGGUGUUCUGUGGAUGAUUCGCUCAGUUCGUUCACCGCUUUGGUUAAACAUGACUGUUUGGUUAAAUCAAACGCUGCAAAACUAGAGCAAAGUCGUGUCUUGUCCGAAUAAUGGAAGUUGAAGAUCAUCUGAAGGCCAUUGCAUCUGAGGAAUGGCAUCUAUUGCGGGAUGUUUACAAACGUGACUGGCCUCGGCAUCAGUUGGCUUAUAACACUGUCCAAAACUAUAUCAAUUGGAUUGGAAUCGAUCCGAAGAUUAAGCAGCUGCAGAUACUAGGCUUGAGUGACAGUUGGAAGAAGAACGGGACCUGCAUUAUUUUGGACCGUUACCAAAUGUAUGCCUACACUGUGGAAGAUUCAAAUGAUUCAUUGAAGCGUGCGCUUUUCCUAAUCGAUUGGGACUAUUCCUACAAAAUGUGUUGCAUUCCUAUGCGCCAACGUUCAGCUUUUGAAGAAACCUUUGAAAACCUAUCAAUUGAUCUACUGUGGGAUCAUCCAUGUGUUAUCUACGAACUUCCCCGGGAAGAAUGUCUCAAAUUGAGCUCGAGCAUUCCCAGUGGCCUUCACACCAAGAAACUGUCAAUCCAUCAUGCCACUUUCGCCAAUCGAGUUUGGCCCCAUCGAUGUGAGGGAUCGGAAUACUUCCUCAAAAGGCUGACGGCGUGGAAUCCGUCAGUAGGGCUGUUCAACGAAAUAGGAGAGCUGCUGGCGUGGUGUUUCUGUUGGCCAAACGGUGCCAUAGGACCAUUGGAAGUUGUGAAAGAGCAUCAGCGAAAAGGCUACGGAAGUUUGAUGGUAAGAGCAAUUGCCCGAGAGGUCGCAAAUGUUGGAUUAAACUGCUACGGGACGGCGAUUAUGGGUAACUUGGAAUCUAGAGCGAUGUUUGAGAAGCUAGGAUUCAAGUCACUGGGUGAAAGUUGCUUUUACGCGCGAAAUCGUUCCAGAAAACUAGUCGAAUAUGAUCAUUGAUUGUCAAUAAAGAUAUUAUACAGUAA